UGAGUACCUUGAAGGUAGAAAAGCGCUAUACAAGUACAACCCAAUUAUCAUUUAUUUAUCAUUUAUUAACGCCUGGUCAAACUUGUGACGUCACGAGUGACACUUCCUCUGUCAUCAUUUUCAAGAAGAUUAAGAGCUAUUCAGUAGGAUUUGAAGUCCAAGCUUACAUCACACUCAGAUGUUUACUGCAUACCUUUGGUAAGUCCCGCAGUGAGAAGAGGUUUUAAAACAAUUAGCGCUUGCUUACUUUUACCGCAUGCCUUUGGUAAGCGCAGAAGUGAGAAGAGGUUUUACAUUAAUUAGCGCCCCGGCGGCAAUUCAAGGAAAUACGGUAUGUACAAAAGAAACCACCUGAUGUUAGUACAUCAGUCGAGGAAAAUGAGAAAACUACUUAAAAAACAUACUGUAAUUUGAUUUCUAUAUAAUUUUUUCAUCUUGAUGGAUUGAAAAUUAACACCAAUAAGUUGACUAAUGAACAUUAUCAUAUAAUUCAUUCAGAAAAUAUAAAUAAGGACAAAUAAAGUAUCCAUCCAUCCUUUUUUCUACCGCUUGCCCCGUUCGGGGUCGUGAUGGGUGCUGGAGCCUAUCUCAACUCCAUUUAGGCGGAAGGCGGGGUACACCCAGGACAAGUCGCCAUCUCAUCGCAGGGCCAACACAGACAGACAGACAACAUUCAAGGAUAAUCGCUCCAGCAUGUCCAGGCCUAUGAUCACCCGGUCGCCAGUGUCCCCCCUGAGCAACCAGGGCAUCCCCACGCCGGCGCAGCUCACAAAGUCCAACGCCCCCGUGCACAUCGACGUGGGGGGACACAUGUACACCAGCAGCCUGGCCACCCUCACCAAAUUCCCAGAAUCAAGGAUCGGUCGUCUCUUUGAUGGCACAGAGCCCAUAGUCCUGGACAGCCUGAAGCAGCACUACUUCAUUGACAGGGACGGACACAUGUUCCGCUACAUCCUCAACUUCCUCAGGACGUCCAAGCUGCUCAUCCCGGACGACUUCAAAGACUUCAGUCUGCUGUACGAGGAGGCCAGAUACUUCCAGCUGCAGCCCAUGCUCUCCGAGCUAGAGCGCUGGCGCCUGGACCAGGAGCUGAGCCGGGUGUCACGUCCCUGCGAGUGCGUGGUGGUGCGCGUGGCGCCCGAACUGGGCGAGAGAAUCACUCUGAGCGGUGACAAGGCGCUGAUAGAGGACGUCUUCCCCGAGAUCGGCGACGUCAUGUGCAACUCUGUCAAUGCCAGCUGGAACCACGACGCCACUCACGCCAUCCGCUUCCCGCUCAACGGCUACUGCCACCUUAACUCUGUCCAGGUUCUGGAGCGCCUACAGCAGCGAGGCUUCGAGAUCGCCGGAUCCUGCGGUGGAGGCGUGGACUCCUCCCAAUUCAGCGAGUACGUUCUGAGGCGGGAACUGAGGAGGUUGAGUCAGCGAGGGCCCAAUUCUAAUAGGAUAAAGCAAGAGCAGCUGGACUAAAGAACCCCCCUCUCUGUGCUGGACUUUUCCUUGGACUCUUCACUUUUUCUCUUCAUUUUUUUAUUUUUUUGGUUUUCUUCUUGUCAAUGUUUUGGUUUUCUUAUAUAAGAACCAUCUUAGAGAAUUAAAAGAAAAAAAAAAUAGACACCAACAUUUUUGAAUAUGGAGAUCACGGGGACAUUUGUGAUUGUCUUACCCAUCAACACAAUUGAGAAAGAUUUAUAUAUGUUGUAUCCCUAAAUAAAGUUUGUUUUAAAACUUA